AUGUCUUCUCAUAAGACUUUCUGGGUCAAGAGGUUCAAGCAGAACUGUCCCAUUUCUCAGUGUAUUCAAAUUAAAACUGGCAAUAAAAUCAGGUACAACAUCAAGAGUAGACACUGGAGAAGAGCCAAGCAGGGUCUCUAA